CCGUUUCAGAAACGUGACAUCCCCUGACUUUCUAGUUUCUAGACCCACUAGGCCACAACGACCAAUCCCAUUACUCUCUUCCACCACCGCCGGUCCUCCUCCUCCGCCACUUCUGCAAUCAUAAAUUCGCAUCUCCUUCAGUUCAUCAUCCUCUUCCAUACAACCCGCCAGCACAAAUGGCCGGUCGCUCCUCCCCUGCACAAGAUUCCGAUCGGUACGGUCAAUCCUCUCCCGAAACCCUAUCCUCGCCCCACAAAAAGAGCCCUCCCCUCCCUUGGACCCCCCAAGAGACGGUCAACCUCAUCCAAUCUUACAGAGAGAAGUGGUACUCCCUCAAUCGCGGCCAGCUCAAGGCCGGCCAGUGGGAAGAGGUCGCUAUAGCCGUAGCGGCCCGCUGUGGAUUCGACGAGCUUUCCAAAUCCUCCACCCAGUGCCGCCACAAGAUUGAGAAGCUCCGGAAGCGCUACAAAUCCGAACGGGUCAAGCCCUACCCGAAUUCCUGGCAGUUUUUCGAGCUCAUGGAUCAAAUGGAACGUGGACCUUUGCCAAUCGCUGCUCUUCCCGUAGCCAUGGUAAAGUAUCCCGACUCUAAUUACGAUCACAAUGUGUACGAUGAGGAUGAUGAUGGGUAUGCAGGUUUUGAUUUCAAGCAAAAUAAGUCGAAGAGCAUAAACAACCUUGUGAAUUACACGAACAGAACUGGUACUAAUGAUCCCAGGGGUUAUGAUGAAGAGGAGGAGGAAGAGGGGUUGGAUGAACAUGGGACAGAGGAGGAAGAUGGGGACAGUAAAUUGGCAGACGAAAUUAGGGGUUUCGCAGAGGGGUUUAUGAGGAUUGAGAAGAAGAAGAUUGAAAUGAUGAAGGAGGCUGGGAGGCACAGGAUGGAGAUGGAAAAGAGGAGGAUGGAUAUGAUUCUUGAGACACACAGGAAGAUUGCUAAUUCUUUCAGUAGGAUCUUUAGUCCAAAUAAAAGAGUCAAAACAGAAAUAUAGAAUGUUAUUAUUCUACUUACAUCCACAUUUAUGCAAUCCAUUUAUUUUCUUGCAUUUGCCUUUGGACUGCUAUUAGGCUGAUGAUGAUUCUGGAGUAGAAAACGAUAGAAACCGAUAUCUUGAUGUGUUUCAAAAUCAGAGGAGCUUAUGAUGUCUAUCUAGCGUGAAUGCCAUCAUACAAGUCAUCUUGGGUCUUGUCUUUGAUUCUAAGGCCCCGGGUCAUGACUUCGUUUAUAGAUGUAAUUUGCAUUUAUCAAUGAUGGAAAUUGUAUCCUUACAGGCUCCAGUUUGUAAUUUGCUAUAAUUUAAGAAUUUUAUUUUAUGUUUUUUAAAGGAUUGUGGCAAUGCUAGACUUCUAGCAUACUUUGAUUCCUCUAACUUAUGGGAGGCCUUGAACUUGAACUUGAACUCUCUUCUGUUGGUCGUGAGAGUUGACCCUCUAGCAAUGACAGGAUUGUUUGGGCUAUGUUGGGCACGGGCAUGUUCACUAUGAAAGACUUGUGAUGAUGAUGAUGAUGGGAACUCGGUAGAUUUUGAUUAUGGGUUCGGAAAGAUUCAUCUGUGUGGAAAGCUAUUCACAUGGAUUCAAGCAUACUUUGUAAGGAAGGUGAGUUAUCAUCUUAGACUUCAUUCUUCUCAUGAAUUCCAGCAUGCUUUGUUUGAGGGAAACCCUUUUGCGGAUUGCCCAGCGAACUUGGCUUAUGACACUCUGAGUUGGCUCCUGGCUCUUCAUCCAGAAGAGCGUCAGCACCUUAGUACCUUAUGUGGGAAGCCUAUGGCGGCCUUAUAGGUUAUAACACAUUAGAUUCAACUAGUUUUUUUUAUCUUCAGUUCUACGAUAAAAGAAAGGUAAGCAUGCUACUUUUUCACAAGUUGAGUAAUUCCCUUAUCAAUAAAAUUUACAUAGUACUCCUUCCGUCCCACUAAGAUUGCCCCAUUUUACCUUUUCGGAAAAUUCCACUAAGAUUGUCUCAUACCAUAUUUGAUAAAGUUUGUCUCAUACCAUAUUUGAUAAAGUUAGUGGGACAGUGGGACGGAGGUAGUAUGACUUAAAUGUUGCCUUAUUUCAACAUGUUCAAUUAGAUACCAUACUACCACCGUUAAAAAACUUGUUUUUCAGUAAUCUGUUUGUCCAAAGAAAGUAAAUUGGUUUUUAGAGUAACUCUCUAGUUUAAGUAAAUUUCUUGUCAAGUCUAGCAAGAAGCGGAUUUUGUCAACUACUUCAGUUAAUCAAAUCUUAGAAACAAGUUUUAGGGUAUAAAGAACAUUCUAAGAAUUUGCUAAAGAUUUUAACCUUUGCUUGAGUUGAUUGAAAAUAAGAAGUCCAAUAGUUGAAAGUUUAUGUGUUCUAUAAUACUCCGUAAAUAGCUUGACAUGCUUUUUUUCAAUUUUACACUGUGUUUAGGUAGUCCAAAGAGAGUUGAAGGGUAUGUAACUACAAACAUAUAGGGGCGGUCCGGGCGGAUACAAUACAAACUGUAUUUAUUGUGCAAAACUUUAUAUGAUGCAUCCUUACGUUAUUUGUAUUGCAUAUUGAUGUUCGAAGUGUUGCAUAUUAUUAUGCGAUGAAAUACACAGUUGCGUAUAAAAGUUCAAGGUGUUGCAUUCGAAAAAAUUUGAUUUUAUUACCAAAAU